UUCAGUGACACCGGCUAAGAUGGCAAAUCUACAACGACAGAUUUUCAGAGCCUUUCAGAAGCAGUUUUGGCAAAGGUCAUCAUUACUGGAAUCUCCUCCUGCUAUAGCUUGUUUCAAUGGCAAACUUAGAUUUAGCAGCUCAGAAAGGCCAAAGACCGGUAUACUGAUGUUGAACAUGGGAGGUCCGGAGAACCUGGACGAGGUUCAUGAUUUCCUGCUUAAUCUGUUCCUGGAUAAGGACCUUAUACAGCUGCCUGCACAGGAUCGCCUAGCCCCAUUGAUAGCCAAACGAAGGACUCCCAAGAUUCAGGAACAAUACCAUGAGAUAGGAGGUGGCUCCCCUAUCAAAAAGUGGACCCACCUACAGGGACAGGGAAUGGUGGAAAUACUGGAUAGGAUAAGCCCAGAAACAGCUCCUCAUAAACACUACAUCGGAUUCCGAUAUGUGAACCCCCUCACAGAAGAUGCCCUAGAACAGAUGGAAAAGGAUGGUGUGCGUCGUGGUAUCGCCUUCUCCCAGUAUCCCCAGUACAGCUGCUCCACCACUGGUAGUAGUAUGAACGCAAUCUACAAGCAUUAUCACAAGCGUGGCGUCGUCAGCCAGAUUGCAUGGAGCUCUAUAGACAGAUGGCCGACACAUUCAGCCCUUAUAAAGACGCAUGCCCAGCACAUCCGAGAAGAGCUGGCCAAAUUCCCGGAAUCUGUGAGAGAUGAUGUGGUGAUUCUCUUCUCUGCACACUCUCUGCCACAGAGGAGUCAGGAUCGUGGUGACCCGUAUACAACAGAGGUAGCUGCCACGGUGAUGGCUGUUAUGGAAGAACUGGGUCAAACACACUCGUACAGGCUCGUGUGGCAGUCCAAGGUUGGUCCUUUGAAAUGGCUGGAGCCACAGACAGACCAAGCAAUAAAGGCGUUGGCCGAGCGCGGACAGAAGAACAUUCUGCUGGUGCCGAUUGCCUUCACGUCGGACCAUAUUGAGACCCUGUAUGAGCUGGACCUGGAGUACUCCAAGGAACUGGGAGAGAAGGUUGGUGCCAACAUCAGGAGAUCUGGAGCUCCUAACGGCAAUCCUAUCUUCAUCGAGGGUCUAGCUCAGUUGGUUAAAUCGCACCUGGACUCUGGUCUAUCCUGCUCGGCCCAGAACAGGCUACGGUGUCCAAACUGUACCAAUGUCACAUGUGGGCGAGCAAAGGAGUUCUUCAAACACCAACAGCGAUACAUCACAAAAUCUUCAGAGGCCAAGGCCAGUUCAAAAACAGCAGAAGAGAACGCAGAGAGGGUCUCCGGAACUGUUUGAUAAUUCCAUUGAUUCAUAUGUCAUUGGUUGGAGUAUUGAUUUCAUCAGUUGAUUCUAUCAAUGAACAAUGCCAUAAAGUUAUUAUUUAAAGCAUGACACAGCUGGGUUUUUUUUUAUUGAGCUUUGUAAGCAGAGGUUGUAAUAUAUUUAAAUGGUGUUAUUUUAUGACUUGUGACAUUCUGUGAUUUCUUGGUGCAUGGUUAUAGCAUCACGUAUGGUUUGAUCGAGCACUGAAGAAAUUUGAAGGUGCUUCAAAAUGGCAUUACUUGUGGUUUUCAUGUUUGAAAGUUUUGCAUUACGAAACAGUACAAAUCUUUCUCAAUAAAGUUUGUCAUACAAAUGAUAUGGUUAUUGCAUCAAGUUCAGUACAUUGCUUGUUUUUGAGCGAGAGAAAAGUUUAGGUAUUUUAGAAAUGUUUCAUUGACAAAAUGCAUAUGUGAAGCAUGUGCCAUCUCUCCAGAUGGAAUAUCUGUUGUCAAGUUCAGUACUUGUAUGCGGUGAUCUACAAUUCUAGUAGAGCUAACAUUUUGGAAGCCGUGCAAGCACUACAAUAAUACCAAACAGCAACAUUUCAAAUUUGAUAGAAUAAAUUAUUGUAUUUAAUGUUCAUUUCAUAUGAUCAUGUUACAUGUAUUUACCAAUUAAAUGCCAUUUCAUUGAGCCAAAGUAGACCAAUGCAAGGCAUUACUCUGAUAGAAUAGAAAGUUUCAUGAGAAUUUUGUAAUGAAUAACUUUGUUAUAAAUAAGUCAGCCCUCAAGCAUAUCAUAAGGUUGUUGUCUCUUAUAGUAAAAAUAUGUUGGUUUUAUAUAUUUUAUUCCUGAACACAUAAUAUAAAUAUGUCAUGUACAGAUACAGAUUCAAAACAAAAUAAAUACUGACUUCAGA